CAUUCCCACUCGCAUUCUCAUAGCGCUCCUACAAGUUCUUCUCCCAACCCUCAUGGGCACAGCCAUGGAAGCCUGGCGGUGAGAGCAGCAUUUGUACAUGCGCUUGGAGAUCUUGCUCAAAGCAUUGGUGUUUUGAUCGCUGCAUACAUCAUCCGUUUCAAGCCAGAAUACAAGAUUGCCGAUCCAAUCUGUACCUACGUAUUUUCUGUACUUGUCAUCUUUACUACCCUGAGGCUUAUACGAGACACCGUACUUAUAAUACUUGAAGGAGUUCCGAGACACCUGAAUGUGGAUCAAAUCAAACAUGACCUGAUGAAAAUAGAAGAUGUAUACUCUGUAGAAGAUCUUAAUGUCUGGUCACUGACCACGGGGAAAUCUGCUGCCAUAAUCAAUUUACAGCUCAGUCCUGGAUCAACAUCAAAGUGGGAGGAUGUACAAAGGAAAGCCAGGCAUAUACUACUCAACACGUAUGGAAUGUACAAGUGCUUUAUUCAGAUGCAAAGUUACAGACAAGAAGAGAGCACGGCUUGCGCCAACUGUUCCAGUGCCUAA